GUAUGCCAAUAAUGAGGAAAGGACCACAAAAGUCAGAAUUAAACCAAAAGCAAACUUUAUUCCCUGUGGGAAAAUACUUCUAACUGGUUAAGGUCAGGGGUCAGACUCCUGGUGCUGACAGUUCUGACCUUUGAAAGGGCGUGAGCAGUCUUUGAAGCAUAAACACUGGAGCAGAAGUUCCGGGGAUAAUAAAGAAGGAAUUUGUAAAUUGAGGGUUAGUUCUCCAGUCCAGGGUGUGGCAGGUAGCAGGAUGUUGGUACAGGCUCAAGGCUAUUCUCAGGCAGUGAUUUUAUCUCCAUCUUUUUUUUUUUUUUUUUUUUUUGGUUCUUUUUUUUCGGAGCUGGGGACCGAACCCAGGGCCUUGCGAUUCCCAGGCAAGCGCUCUACCACUGAGCUAAAUCCCCAACCCGUAGGCACGGUCUUACACUUAAGCCACAACUCCACGACAACCAGACAUUUCAUGUCCUCACAGAAAAGCUAUCACAAUGUAUUCCGAGUAACCCACACAAACCUUUCAAGAGCACUAUGUCCGCACAGCCCCAAGGCGCCAGCUCCCACGGGUCUCUCGUGUCCUCACUUGGAGCCCUUUAAUUAUUUAUUUACAGGUCCGAACCUGUAGCCCCGAAGAGCAACAGCAUUGCACUUUCUAGGAUUUCUACCUUCACUCCUAAAGGUCCCGCCAAGGAAACGCUGGCAUUCCUGUGAGAGGCUGGACAGGCCACUAGGCUUUUUGGGAAAUGUAGUUUACAAAGGGACAGCCACCUCGCAUUCCCAGCUCCUCCUCCGGCUAUUCCCGAAAAGACGGGUCCUGCAGCUGCUCACGUCCAGCGCUGCUUCGCAGCCGGCGUCACUGUCUCGCGGCGCUAAUAGGCUCAGCCACCUAGGCGCCUUGGGCUAUCACUCCUAUCCCCAGCACAGGAAACUCAAGCCAAGCUCUGACCGGAAGUUGGGCCGGGCCGCGGGUCCUUCUGGGAGCACCUGUGCUCUGGGACAUAACGGGCACGCGCUGCCCUCUGAGUCUGUGGACUUGGCUGCGGGUUGCCUGCAUGUAGUGUCUCUGAGAUUGGGUUUCGGGGGGUUUUGGCUGCUGGCGCUGCCGGGACCCCUCCGCGGGAGAGGCCCGAGUGGUCCGGUUUGCUCCGGCCGUGGGCUUCAGACUGGGCGCGGGCUCUCGGGGGGCUCGGAGUAGCUCGGAGUAGCUUUGCGGAGUGCUCUCCGCUAGAAGGCGGUACUCGCGACUGUUUGGAGCUGCACCCAAAAAACUGGUUUCUCAUGAGCAGCAUAACAACUGGCCUUACUAUUAAUAGGUCCUGCCUCCCAACUCUAAGGCUGAUAUGUGCUGUGAGCCUGAAGAUGGCUGGGAACAGAUGUCUGUCAUGGGUGGAGAACUUCUGACCUGAGACCCACAGCACAAGCUGCAGGGUCCUGGGAAAGGGUGGACUCUGGACCUGCAGGCGUCUUGACAAGCACUAAAUGACCGUCUCAACCUUGAAAUACCAGCAACAGCUGCGGGGCAUGGAGCGCCUGUCCCAGAUGGCCGGAAGAAGAGCUUGGUGUUCCGAGGACUCUGCACUUGGCCAGGAAGAAGAGGACAUGAGCAGGCCUUCUAAAACAGUGACAUUCAAGGAUGUGGCUGUGGACCUUACCCAGGAGGAAUGGCAGCAAAUGAAGCCUGCUCAGAGGGAUUUGUACCGAGAUGUGAUGCUGGAGACCUACAGCAACCUAGUGACCGUGGGUUGUCAUGUCACCAAACCAGAUGUGAUCUUCAAGUUGGAGCAAGAAGAUGAGCCGUGGGUGCUGGAGGAGGAGAUGUUUUGGAGACGCUCUCCAGCUGCAAGAGGAGGAAUGAAGAGUUUUCUCUCUAAGGACAUGGCCAAGGACCUGAAGUUCGAGGAUGUGGUCAUUUACUUCUCUCUGGAAGAGUGGGAGUGCUUGCACCAUUCCCACAGGAAUCUGUACCGUGCUGUGAUGUUGGAUAAUUACAGCAACCUGCUUUCACUGAGUCUUGCCAAUAUGAAGCCACGUGUGGUCUCCCUUCUAGAGCAGGGGAAGGAGCCCUGGAUGGUUAUGAGGAAUGGGACAAAAGUGUGGUGUGCUGAUUGGGAGUCUAAGACAGAAACCAAGAACUUCCUUCCAAAGGACAGUUCCAAAAUUAAAACAUCACAACAAAAGAUGGCAAAAAACUGUACACGCUCCAGCCUUGAGGACAGCAGGGCCAGAGGUAACAGAGAGGUCACAUGCGAGUUGGAGAGUCAGCAGGUCCAUGAGGAGCGACACUUGAGACAAGCUGUGGUACCCUCUGUCGAGAGGCCUGGUUCCAUCCAGUGCACAGCCCAUAGGGAGGCUCACCCUGGAGGAAAACCCUGCAGGUGUGAGAAAUGUCAGAAAAUGCUCGUGCGCAAGGCACCUCCCAGUGAACGUGAGCAAAGUCACAGUAAGGAAAAGGGCAGUGAGUACACACAAAGUGGGAAGGUCUUUAACUGCACGUCAGACAUGGCAGUGCACCAAAGACCUCAAGAAAGCCGAAAAGGCAGUGAGAGUAAGAAAAACGCCAUCCCUUGUGGUUCUGACACCCCGAAACCUCCAGGUGCUCAGGGCAGUGAGAGGCCGCACAAGUGUAAGGAGUGUGGGAAGGCCUUCCAGACGCCCUCCCAGCUCAGUCACCAUCAAAAGCUGCAUGUAGGUGAGAAGCCCUUCAAGUGUAAGGAGUGUGGGAAGGCCUUCCCCUCGAACGCCCAGCUCAGUCUCCACCAGAGAGUUCACACUGACGAGAAGUGCUUUGAGUGCAAGGAGUGCGGGAAGGCCUUCAUGCGCCCCUCGCACCUGGUCCGGCACCAGCGCAUCCACACCGGGGAGAAGCCUCACAAGUGUAAGGAGUGUGGCAAGGCCUUCCGCUACGACACGCAGCUCAGCCUCCACCUGCUCACUCACGCUGGGGCCAGGCGCUUCGAGUGCAAGGACUGUGACAAGGUGUACAGCUGUGCCUCCCAGCUCGCCCUCCACCAGAUGACACACACCGGAGAGAAGCCCCACAAGUGUAAGGAGUGCGGGAAGGGCUUCAUCUCCGACUCACACCUUCUUCGCCAUCAGAGUGUUCACACUGGUGAGAAGCCCUAUAAGUGUAAGGAAUGUGGCAAAGGCUUCCGUCGUGGUUCAGAGCUUGCCCGACAUCAGAGAGCCCAUUCUGGUGAUAAACCCUACAAGUGCAAGGAAUGCGGGAAGUCCUUUACUUGUACCACCGAGCUCCUUAGACACCAGAAAGUCCACACUGGUGAUAGACCCCACAAGUGCAAGGAGUGCGGGAAGGCCUUCAUUCGCAGGUCAGAGCUAACCCACCAUGAAAGAAGCCACAGUGGUGAGAAACCCUACGAGUGUAAGGAGUGUGGGAAGACCUUCGGCCGUGGCUCAGAGCUCAGUCGACACCAGAAAAUCCACACCGGGGAGAAGCCCUACAAGUGUAAGCAGUGUGGGAAAGCCUUCAUUCGAGGAUCUCACCUUACCCAGCAUCAGAGGACUCACACGGGACAGAGGAGUGAGUGAGUUGCCUUCGGAAAAUCCAUACAGUUUAAAAACCCUGUGGUGGCUGACAAAGUUUCAGGGUUUCUCAUCGGCACUAGAAUUCAUACUCAAACACCAGUUAUGUCCAGAAGUGAUUGGUCACAUGUCACCAGAAAGAAACCUUAUAAUCACAGAAAUCGGGACUUGCUUCAGAAUUUAUCAUAAAGCUUUAGUUGAUGAAAAACUGGAAAGUUCCACGAAUGUACAGAGAGGAGGAAUGCCUCUCCGUAGCUAGAGCCAAAGAAACAGGCCUGGGGAUUGAUAUCUGUGACCUCAGGAGGGCAGUGGGCAUGUCGGAGAGAUUAGCGGUUGGAUCCUUUCCGCUCCCGCCCUGGGCCAGCCCUCCGUGAGAGAACUCAGUAUCCAAGUGCAAUCCUCUGUCACACCUCAGGCCACACUAAUGCUACCAUGCAGUACACUUGCCGUUCACCCACUCUACGUUCAUGGAAUGGUUGCUAGUUUAUACAGUUAAUUUGAACUUUGGAGUGUGGGAAGGAUUCGGCCAUGUUGACUUUUUACAUGUCUUCAGGGCAAAUGAUUUACUGACUACUCAGUUCUUCUGUAAAGUAGCAGUGUCAGCCCCGUGUUUCUAGUUAUGCUCUAAGGGUGCGUACAGUUUGUGAAAUAGCGUCCAGCUAGUGUCUAAAGAGUGCCACGAGCAGCAGGCAUGCUGCUACACGCCUGUGAUGAUGCACCGGCCAUGCUGUUACAUGCCUGUGAUAGUGUACGCACCUGGAAACCGAAGGUAGGAAGAUAAUUUGAGGCUAGCUUGGAGACUCUAGAGUGAAAAAACAAACAAAAAAUUAUGCCAAAUAUAGCUGCUUUCUUUGUUAUUAUCAUAACUGUGAAAUUUAUAUAACAGUCUUAUAAGAGGAAUGCCUUACAUGUCCAGUAACUGGAGGGACAUCUUGCCUUGUCUCUUUGACUGUUAGAGAAUUCUUAGGAAGAAAGACUUACAGCUUUCUUUUAUAGUUUACCCUUCUGCUGGUCAGAAGCCUCAUAAUUGGAAUGUGGUGAGGUCACUGAGAAGGGACUGGGAUAAUUUACUAAGGCCUCCCUGUGGUGCUACCUAUGUCCUGUAAUCCAGGCAUUUGGGAGCUAGGAACAGGACAGGAAUUCAGGUCCAUCCUGGUCUACUGGUGAGUCUGUGGGUAGCCUGAAGUCUCAGAACUUUCAUAAACAAAAGCCAGGCCGUCAACUAUACACAAGAGGACUGGAAAAUAGUAAAGCUUUAGCCAAGAUUCAAUCCUCCAUAGGAAAUGUCAAAGAUGCCGAUAUAAAUACAUUUAUAUCUGAAGGUCCGUUAGGAAUAAAUUACACUAUAUAUUGAAAUUUGUACACUGACUGAAACUACUGUCUGAGGAAAAUGAAUUUCCCAUCAUAGUGUAAAAAAAUGGGAAUUGUAAGGUCUAGGAUUCUGUAUUAUUACCUGUUACAGUUCCUCGUCCCGGGAGUUCUCAGUAACUAUUCUAAGGAACAGAAGAGCAAAUAAAAACUCCAGCUGACAAACUAACAACAUUAAACUUGGCAAAGCUAAAGCUUGGAGUAGAUGAGACAAACACAGUGUUGUGCAGGACAUGAAGCGCGUAUGAAAUACGGCUCAAAUGAGCAGACAGUGUAGGCUCUGCCCAUCCACACAGGUUAACCGGUCUCCUGCCUGCUCUCCUGGCUGUGCCAUGGUCUCAGGUGUGGCUGACUGGGCAGGAGACCACCAUGGGCAUAGUAAAGAGAUCAGGGACAUGGUCUUCCCAGCUGCAGGGAGCACAUCAUGCCACCAGGUGGUGCCUGUUGUCUGGGGCUGAGACUGCCAUAGGACACACGUUGUCAUUGGCCUUGUGGCCUUGUGGAACCACGAGCUCUCCAUUUCCUGGACCUACAGAAUAGAAAUGCAGACACUGACAUUAGUACUCAGCUCUUUACCGUAUAUAUAAUGCUUGGAAAUGCAGCAUGUAAGAAUAUUUCUACCCAGAUAUACUCAGUUUCAGUAACGUAGGACGUUUAUAUCCAGCCUUUUAUAGUAUAUCUGACAUGAAGAAGCAUUAUUCUCCGAAGUAUUUUCUUAGCCAUAUUAUUGAAAUAUAUAUUCAACUUAAAUUUAAUAAGAUGUAGUAUAUUUACUUAGAGCAUUUGAUAGUGUGUUUUUAUAUCCUGCUUUUUAUAGUAUAUCUUAAAUCCUGGAAAAGUAUUGUUUUCCUGACUGAAGUUAGAGCCAAGGAGAAGCUGCUUAAGGAGCUACACUCAUUCCUCUAAAACAGUCACCCGACAGCUCAGACACCUUCUACCUCUUCAGGACGUGAGGCGCUCAGGUGGGAAGGCAGCAAACCUCACCAGAUGUGGGGAGGGCAGCAGCAUUGGGAAUCCAGUCGGAUAUUUACCAGCCCAUAUCAGUGUAUGGUACCCAGCAGCCCAGGAAAUGAGCAGCAAGGUGCUUUGGGCAAGUGAGGACUGUACAGUCAGCUGUGAAGUCCCCUCCUUGUCCUUCCUGGUCUGUAAGCGGCCAUGGAGAGAGCAGUCUGCCGUCUCCCUGCAGAGCAUCACCUCCUGUGUUAGUGAAAGCUGCUAAUGACUUGACAGCUUCUGCAGAGCAGUCAUGACAGUUGAGGCAGCAUGUGGGCAUGGGUGCACACGCGUGAGGCCAGCGGUCAGGCUAGGGUCCUGCCUCAGCCGUCUGCUUUGGUUUUCUAAUUCGGGGUCUCAGGAGGAGCUGGGACUUGCCCAUUAGGCUCAGCUGACUGACCAGUGAACCCCAGGGGUCCACUCACUCAGCUCUGUCUCCCUAGCAUUGGAACGCAACACAGGUGCACACAUCGCCUGGCCUUUUCACGUGGGCUCUGGGGAGAUUUGGAGGUCAGGGCCUCAGGCUUGCGCACGCAGCAAGCACUUUACUGACUGAGCCAGCUCCCAAGCCAUAAAGUAAUUUUUAAAAGGGAGAAAUAACUGAGUGUUAAUCUGCACUGGUGUAUUAACUUAAUAGAUCUAUCUGAAAAUUUUAACUUCUUCUAAGAGGAGAACUUGCACAUUUUAUAGGAAUUGAAUUAAUAAAAGUUUUAAAAGGGUGCUUUUAGUACUGAUUUUAGAGUUGGGAAGAUAGCUUUUUAAUUUUCUGCUCCUAUAUACGGUAUUUUUCCAAGACUUGAAUGUCCUCUCCCAAGUUUAUGUAUCAUGAUGCCCCUGAAACAAAAAAUAUCCUGCAGUGAGUUACUUAGAAAGCGGCAUGCGUGCACUGUUUCCUGAGUGCUAAUAGCGGGUGCCACACUGCCAUUCUCUGUGGAGACGCACGCAAGCCUAGACUUGUCUUGAUCGCAGGUUCUGGGCGGGGAAGAGUGUAGAGAGUGGGAUUGUGCACACAGGAAUACAGGCUCCUUUUCUCACACACUGGUGUCCUAAGGGUUGGUUCUAGUCACUACUCACAACCUAUCUCAUAGCACAGACAGGCCCUGUGCAUGCAGCCUGUUCUUUCCUGGCAAACAUUAGCCUGGCCAUCAGCAGUGUGAGAGAAGCCACGCUUUACCUCAUGUGGCUGCCUCUGUCUCUAGAGAGCAGCUAAACUGCCUUAGCGAAGCAGACUUAAAAUGUGCUUGGUGCCUUAUUGUUUCCGUGUGGAGCUCAGGGGAACCAGUGUGCCUUCCGUUUGCACUUCCUUGCCGGCUGGGGAGGUGGAGCGUCUCCCUGGCCUGCAGGUCAUUUGAGCUUUGUUUCUGUGAAUUGCACAUUGCUAUCUGUCUCACUUUGUAACAGGCCUAAGAGAUCAUAUCACACAUGGGCAAUUUGUUGUCUAGUCUAGUGUCUGUCAUUUGGCCCUGUUUCUGUCAUGGUUACCAGACGUUGUUAUGAAGGGCCAGACAGUGAGUAUUUCAGGCGGGGCCUGUGUUUCUGCAGCCUUUGCCACGUAGAGCAUCCUGCACAAGCCAACGGUUCUCAGCCACUUCUCCCACGUCCCCAGGAGACAUUCACCAACGUCCAGGGGUAUUUUUGUCACUUUAAAGAUGACUGCUGCUUAUGUCUAGUGGGCAGAGGCCAGAGAUCCUUUUCAGUGUCCUGUGGUGCACUACACAGCCCCCAAAACAAAUGAUGUCAGACUCCAAAACGUCAGUAUGUUCUGGUCAGGAGAGAACUGGAUACCACUGUGUAUCAAUAAAACAUUCACAGAAACAAACUGGCCACAUCAAGCCUGUAAGGUGUGCCUUCCCAUCCGUUUUAAGUAGUGUUUAUCUGUAUUAUUAGUUUUGUUUUUGAAAUCUCUUUUACCUCAAAUAGUUUUUUAUAUUUUAUGGCUUUAAUCUUCCUGCCUAAAACCGCAGAGAAUGGGUUGCCUAUGUGUAAUGUUAGCCCAGUAUUUCUGAAGCGUGGGUUUGUGUUUGCUUGGUUUGGGUUGAGAUUUUAUAAAAUAAAAUAAAUCAUUUCAGAAAAGUA